UUGUAUUUCUUUCUUGUUCUCCACGUCGGCAGGCAAAGAGUCGGAGUCUGCGUGUAGUCGUCGUCUUCCUUCUCUCCUUCCCCAAAAGACACCGGAACCGAAUCGAUUCCAUCGCCUUUUAUUCCAGAUCUCUCUCCCCAAGUCUCCAACCUUUUUGCAACGACAAAGAAGCCGUAACUCCCACAAAACCCUAGUUUUCGCCGGAAUGAACCCCCAACACACUCCGCCCCACUACGAUCCGCAGGAGGCGGCGGCUGCGGCCGCGCAGGAGGCGACGGCUGCGGCCGCGCAGGAGGCGACCCACCCAUCCUCUCCCAGAUUCUUCCUCUCUUCCGAUGCCUCAUCGAAUCCCUCCGCUGGCUCCCACCGCCGGAUAGCAAUCGCUGUAGACCUCAGCGACGAGAGCGCCUACGCCGUCAAGUGGGCCGUGCAGAACUACCUCCGCCCCGGCGACAUCGUCAUCCUCCUCCACGUACGGUCUACUUCUGUCCUCUACGGUGCUGAUUGGGGCGCCGUCGACCUCUCUGUUCCGGAAGAGACUGGCUCUGAGGAAUCGCAGCGGAAGUUGGAGGACGACUUCGACGCCUUCACCACCACCAAGGCACAGGACCUCGCGCAGCCGCUCGUGGAGGCUCAGAUUCCGUUCAAGAUCCACAUCGUGAAGGACCACGACAUGAAGGAGCGUCUUUGCCUCGAGGUGGAGCGCCUCAACCUUAGCGCCGUGAUCAUGGGCAGCAGAGGCUUCGGGGCCUCGAGGAAGACCAGCAAGGGGAGGCUCGGUAGCGUCAGCGACUACUGCGUCCACCACUGCGUUUGCCCCGUCGUGGUGGUGCGCUAUCCUGAAGAGGGGGGCGCAACCGACGGCCUCAGUCCGAUAGCUCCAGGGGAGUCGACGGAGAAGGACGAUGAGCUGCAUCCUGUCCCAGAAGAAGAUGAAUACCAUGAUGCCACCGUUUAACUCAAAGGCUCAGACGCCAUCUUUUGGAUUGAGGUUUGGAACUGAUAAUGGGAGCCUUCGAUUGUGCUAGUGUUGUGUAAUUUACUUUUCACUGCAUUCUCGAUUGUAACUUAAGUAUCGUUGUGCUAUGUUACGUUGGCUUUAACGGAUUUUUAAACCCUGUUUAAUUGCUUAGUUUGUUAUUUGCAA